UUUGAAAUAAUAAUCUUACAUUUAGUUCAAAGAAACACUAUAUUCAUUUUAGUAAAGCAAUAAUAAUUAAUAUUUUUUUAUAAUAUUAAAAGAUGAUUAAAUUAGUAUUGUAUAUUACUGGUUUUCUGUCGAGUUUAAUUGCACAAUCACUAGCCUAUGGAUGUUUCUAUCAUGCAUGCAAAAAAGUAAAUUGUGACGACAUUGUUCCAUUAUAUAACCUAAAUGAUACAAUAAAGGAGGAUCUAAAAGAUAUAUCAAAUGAUAAUCCAGUAAAUAAUUCAGAAGAUUUGUCAUGUCAUUUUUGCCAACAAGAGACAAACUCAGUUACCUUCUUCCCAUGUGGUCACAUAUCAGGAAACUAUUGCGCAAAUAAAAUCUCUAUAGGUAAAAUUGAUUGUCCUUUUUGUUAUGGAACGAUAGACGAUUUUGAAAACUUAAUUCAAUUGGAUGAUUGUGAAUUUGAUAAACGAAGUCCGUACCGAUUUCGUGCUCUUACUCAAAUAGAGUUUCGUCGUUUAAAGGAUAGUUUAAAGAAUGGUAUGACUGACGAAGAAUUUAUGGCACGUUUUUGGUAUCUUCGACGGUUCCAAGAACCUGAUUAUAUACUGCUUGUACACAUUAAACAUUAUAUUAUAACUACAGAUGAUCGUAAGAAUAUUGCAGAGCUUAAGGCUACGCUAUUGUCUUCAAAGUCUUCCAUAACUUCAGAACUACAAAUGUACCAAAGGACAUUUAAACAAGAGAUUACUUCAAAUGAAGAAGAUGUAUUGAACAUUUUUUUUCUUAGAUCAAAUAUAUCUUAUGUAGACUUCGAAUUUAGGAUACGAAAGAUAUACUUGAAUUGCGUACAAACGUAAUUAUUCAUUGAUUUAUCAAGUUAGUUUUUAUAAAAAAUACUGUUUAUAAACACUAUAAAUUAUAUACCUAUUUGCUAUACUAAACUUAAUAUUUAUACAAAAUUAUUAUUGUUUUGAAUUCAAAUGAAUAACUAAGUCUGUCUUGUGUAUAC